GGGCCAGUUUCCGGUCCCGCCAUGAUGUUCAGAAGACAACGAGGAGCAAACUGAGAAAGACCGUCGAAAUGGAUUUAAAACAAACGAAAAUUAUACAAUUAGAAAGAGAGAUAAUUUACCGUCGUUUUGGAUAGGAAACCUAAGCUAACGGGUUAUUAAAAGUGUUUUAUUUCCAGUGGCCGUUUUCUAACUAGUUAGUGUAAAAUAAGGUUAUAUCUGCGGGGUAAAUGUUUUUGUUUUGACUGGUAGAUCUCCUUCUUCUUCAUCGUAGGUCACACAAGGAUCAACAUCGUUUCCUGCAAACUCCGAAAAGGAUCGUUUUUGAAGGACUUUUAUUUUAUUUGGACGUUUGAUUUCCCCCCCCACCCUCCCCCUUCUCUCUAGACGGAUUGAAGAAUAUUUUGGUUAUUUUUUAGGACUUUGCGCCGUUUUACGGGCCUCGUUAUGGACUCCUAACCGCGACCCCGGUGCCGCGCUGCUUUCCGCAGCUACAAGGCCCGUUGUUUCCGCGAGAGAAGAGAGAGACUUACUGACUGUAUUCAUAACCGUGGAAAAAAACAAACAAAAAAAACAACACCCCCGUAAUGGACACUUGUGGAACUGUACUUUUUUUCUUGUUGUUUUACCGGACACUUAAAUUAACGGGUUAUUAAAGUCCCGGUCUGUCACUAACUAGUAGUUUGGUGUCUUUGACCCAAAUAACUACAAGGACUAUCUGUGAAUACUUCCUCUUAGUUCAUUGCCUGUUUUUCCCUUCGAUAUUAUCUUUAUUAUAAUAAUAAUCUGGUAGCUUCCCUCCUCCACCUUCAGUCUCAGAUCAUAUCUAAUGGUUAUUUGUUAUUUCUUAACUAACGUGUUGUUUUCCCCCCCUUCCUUUGUCUUUUGAGUUUUUUAAAAAGUGAUUUAGUUGUGAGAAUGUCGUGUGUUCAUUAUAAAUUCUCGUCCAAACUGGACUACAACACCGUGACCUUUGACGGGCUGCACAUCACCCUGGCCGAGCUGAAACGGCAGAUUAUGGGCAGAGAGCGCCUCAAAGCCACCGACUGCGACCUGCAGAUCACCAACGCACAGACCCGUGAAGAGUACACUGAUGAAGAGGUUCACAUCCCCAAACACUCAUCAGUGAUCGUCAGACGCACCCCCAUCGGAGGGGUCAAACCAGCGGGCAGAACGUUCAUUGUUGACCGUUCUGACAUGGCUGCUGGAUCCUCCAGACCCGUAUGUAACAAAGCCCUCUCAUUUUCCUUACUAUCUCUGAUUGGUCAAGAGUUAACUCUGAGUUGUCAUGGUGAUUAAUAUU